AUGAAAGGUUCUCUACCAACUCGUGAAAAUGUUUUGCCAUUAUUAUCAGAUAUUGUCCGUAAAAAAGGUACAGGCAAGUUUUUUGAUACUGCAGCACCACGUCCACACGCAGAUUGUGGCAGCUGUGUAUUGCCACAGGAAAGAAUACUCAAGGAAGAAUUUGCUAUCCGCUAUCCAACAAUAAAUAAACAACCAAGAGAGCUUUUUCCGAGUGGGUCAUCUUCAACUGUUGGAAGCAUGCAAGAGGUUGAUGAUUUUAAGUUGGCAGUCGAAUUGCAAUAUGCAGAAAACCAAGCAAAAAAUAUGUCAUUCGGUACGGAAUAUUGUAUCAAAGGCAACAAGUGUCAUAACCCAGCGGACUCUAUGCUCGACAACAGCUCUGAGGACGAUAUGGAUGGAACAAACAAUGCCGCAACUGCUUUACUUUCGUUGAACAAUAUUAACAGUGUAAGCCAUUAG